UAUGGCCGUGCUAUUUAAACGGCCGUCUGCUAACAUAACACGAGGCGCCGGCGAAGUCAUGCACAAGUUCAUAAGCGUUUCUCCGUGACUUUUCUCGCAGCUACAGAAGAGCGACCUUACGUGCACCGGUGUUGGAUUUGUACGCGAGAGCUGCUGACUUCUGUGCUUUGCGUUACUGUUGUGUGGACGUUGUCCGAAGGGGCGCCCGCUGAUCCCGAGUGUUGUGGUUGAGCAGUCACCGCGAUGAAUCUCCGAGACGACUCGAAAAUUAGCAGCGCUCCCGAGGGCCUCCGGAGUGAGAUGUUUCGUCCGGAGGCGUUUCAAGAGAGCAGAAUUCUGGCGAACGAAACCGGCAUGGACCGCUUGAAGGCGAUGUUCGAUAUGAGUCGUGGCUUUGGACCAGAGCUGUCCCUGGUGCAGUCGGCAUGUAUAUACACUGCGUGCACAGGGGCCCUUAUCGGUGGAUGGAACUAUGCCAGGACUGCAAGGGAAAACUACAUACGCAAGAACCAAGGAACCACCUUCCUCAACCCUAAACAGGCAACGAGGGAGCUCCAAGAUACAAUGUUCCUGCAAUUCGGCAGGGGUGCCUGGAAACUUGGCUGGAGGAUGAUGGUCUUUUCAUCGCUCUACAUGACCGUUGCAGUGGCAGGGUUCACGUACAGAAAUAAAUUUGGCAUCACCGAGCAUGUUGCUGCUGGAACACUCGCAGGCUUCGUCUACAAACUCAACAUGGGUGUUCGUGGCUCACUUGUAGGCGCUGGGCUUGGAAGCCUACUUGGGUUUUUAUCGGGUGCGACGCUGAGUGUGACCACCAAGGUGAUGGGGGUUACAGUGCCAGAGUUUCGGUAUUGGCAGCAUGACUACUGGAUGCAGGAAUACAGUGAAAAGAAGGCGUUAUGGCAGAAAGAACAAGCAGCAAAAGGCUCGAAGUCAUCUUAAGUCCAGUGCAGAAAGCUUCAAGCAGAAGACCUUGUAUAGUUGUUUAGUUAGAAUUGUGUAUUAAAGGUUAUUGUACCCAUA